UGUUUGGGAGGAUCGGAGAGGUGUCUUCAUAUUUCGAAAUUUCAUUUAAGUGAAUUAGAUGCGGUUUCUCUUUCAUUUGCAAUAAUUUCUGUACUUUCUAUAUACGUUAUGUUGCAAUUACUCUAAGUCGAGUUCUCUGAUUUGAACCUCUUUGCUUUAGAUUCUCUCCUGGUCGAAUCGGAACUGAAAUUCGAAGACAUCAGCAGAUUUUUAAAGCCCCGAUUUUAUUUUUUUUAUAUCUCAUAUUCCUUGUAUAUCUUAUCUGCAUAUUCUUUUUACAUAAAUAUUAAUAAAGCCUUAUCGAAGUGCCUUUUCCCUUUUUAAAAUGGGCAAUAUCUAUACAGUUGGACCAAAUGAAGCACUUGUUGUGUCAGGUGGUUGUUGUGGUUCUGCAGACAAGCGAACUGUAGUUGGUGGUUGGGUUUGGGCCUGGUGGUUAGUUACAGAUGUUCAAAGGUUAUCAUUAGAAGUGAUGACUUUGACACCUAAAUGUGAGCAUGUUGAAACAGCUCAAGGUGUGCCCUUGACAGUUACAGGAGUGGCUCAGUGUAAAGUCAUGACUGAGAAAGAAUUCUUAUCCACUGCUGCAGAACAGUUUCUUGGAAAGAAAACAUCGCACAUUGAAUCAGUGAUUCUGCAGACAUUAGAAGGUCAUCUUCGAGCUAUUUUAGGUACUCUUACUGUAGAAGAAGUAUACAGAGACAGAGAUCAAUUUGCUUCAUUGGUAAGAGAGGUUGCUGCUCCAGAUGUCGGCCGUAUGGGGAUCGAAAUCUUAAGUUUCACAAUCAAGGAUGUUUUUGACCAAGUAGAAUACCUAGCAUCUCUUGGGAAAGCCAGAACUGCUGCUGUCAAAAGAGAUGCUGAUGUAGGAGUUGCACAAGCUGAAAGGGAUGCUGGUAUUAGAGAAGCUGAAUGUGAAAAAUCAGCCAUGGAUGUGAAAUAUGCUGCAAAUACCAAAGUUGAAGAUUCCCACCGCAUGUUCCAACUUCAGAAGUCCAAUUUUGAUGCUGAAGUGAACACCAAGAAAGCGGAAUCACAGUUGGCAUAUGAAUUACAAGCAGCUAAAAUGAAGCAGAAGAUACGUAGUGAAGAGAUAGAAAUUGAAGUUGUUGAAAGAAGAAAACAGAUAGCCAUUCAAGAAAAAGAAAUUCUCCGCAAGGAGAAAGAGCUGAGUGCUACUGUUCGUUUACCUGCUGAAGCAGAAGCAUUCAGGGUUGAAAUGAUUGCCCAAGGAAAAAGGACACAGACAAUGGAUGUUGCUAGAGCUGAUGCAGAAAGAAUAAAAAUGCUUGGAGCAGCAGAGGCCUAUGCCAUUGAAGCUGUUGGAAAGGCUGAAGCAGAACAAAUGAGAAUGAAAGCGGCUGCUUAUAAACAGUAUGGUGAUGCAGCUGUCAUGAGUUUGGUUUUGGAUUCACUGCCUAAAAUUGCUGCUGAAAUAGCUGCUCCUCUUGCAAAGACUGAUGAAAUAGUUUUGUUGGGUGGUGAUGAUAGAGUUACUGGUGAAGUAGCAAGAUUAGCUAGUCAAUUGCCACCUGCUGUUCAGGCACUUACAGGAGUUGACUUGACAAAGGUUGUCAACAAAGUGAUUUCAUCCAAGUAAUUGGAUUCAGAGAAAAUCUUCUUUAUGCACCUGAAGUGUACUGAAACUAUUUGAUCAAGAAGCUAUAUUUUAUUUUUGCCUCUAUUUUUCUGUACAUAAAUGUGCUAAUUAUUUGUAAGCUCUCAUUGAUUUUUGCUUCAUCUUCAAGCAUGAUUAUGAAAUUUUAUAUAUGCAUUUGUACAUAUUUUUACUGAUACACAAAAUACAUUAACAUCUGCAAAAAAAUAGAUUCACUUAUUUCAAAUGCACAAGUCUUUUUUCUUCACUUUUUGUAAGCAGCUUUUAUCUGUAGUUGUUCUAUUGUGUGAUCAUUUCACAUGUAUAGUGCAGAAGCAAAUUGAAUUAUAUAAUGUCAUCUGUGGCUUGUCCAUGUAUGUGCCACAGUUUGCAAUUCAUCAGUUGUGAUAAAAAAAUUUCCAUUGUUUUAGUUAUCUGCAACACAUGCAAAAUUUUUUCUCUGGAAGCCAUAAAUCAAAAUAUUUUUCAGAUUUGAAAAAUAGUGUAUGGUUAAUAUUGUGUUCUUAUUUUCUUAUUAUUUUUUUUUUGUUUUGUUUAAAUAUUUUUAUUAAUUUUGUUACACAUGUUUUCUAAUACAUUUUUGUAGAAAGUUCAGGAAGAAUCAGUUUGCUGCUGUCAGCAGAUAAUUGAUUUUUUUUUCCCCUCCAACUUUUAUUGUCAGUUGUUGAUUAAAUUAAUGGACAUUCGUGGUAAAUUUGUGCAGCUGUUGAUUUUAAUUUUGACUGAUAUUUAAUCUUUUUUAAUGUCUCAAGACAUUUUAUUGGGGUUCAUAAUUAUUUACUAUAUUAUUUAUCCUCUUUUAUAUUUAUGUCAAGCAAAAUUUGUGUAGAAUUUAUAUUUUAACAAAUUGUAUUUUUUUAUUUUUUUUAAUGUCUUUCCCCCUCUUAAUAUUAAAUUUAAAAAGACAAAUAAGCAUUAGCUGUGAUGUAUUGUAAUUUGACCUGAAUUAUCUGAACUUUUUUAUGGGUAUUAUUACAUCUUUUGUAAUGUCUCAUUUUUCCUUAUUUUCUGAGUGUUUGCUACUAUCAGUUUAAAUACUUAAUUACAAAUAUUUAUGUGUGAGGAUAAAUUCUUUUUAAUGAUGGUGAUAAUUCAAGCCAUUUAUGCAUUCACAAUUAUUUCAACAUCUUUUUUUUCUUCUAGUUUACCUUUUUGUUUACUUCACUGUUUCUAAUUUCUGUUUUGGCUAAUAUGGCUUUUUAUUCCAAUUUUUUUCCCACAUAGAGUCAUUGUACAAUUUUAUAAUUAUUGUUCCAUACUGCUCAGCUAAAUUUUUAAUUACUUAGUAAAUAUGACCAAAUUUCCUUCUCAGAAAUAUAAAAAUAAAAUAACUUUAAUAUUUUUAAGAUGAUUUUAUUAAAUUUAGUGAGAUAUAAAUAUUUAAUUUUAAUAUAUGUUUAUUUCUCAUUGUCUUGAAUGCAUUUUGUUAUGCAGUAACAUGAAAAAUAAUUGUUCAUAAUUAAUGAAAGAAAAGCAUUGCCCAAUUUAUUACAUGUGAUGUAUUUUUAACAAGGAUUUUUAUAUAAUUAUGUAUGAGGUGCUAGUUCAUUCUGAAAUUUUUAUUAUUGAUUUAAAAUAUAUUUACAUUUUUCAACUUGUUUUAUUUAUCCCCCACCCUUACUUAAAUUUUUUUAUAUUGAUAAAAAAAAUGGAGAUUUAAUAAAUUGCAUGUCAUUACAGAAAUUGAUUGCAGAUUAUUUACUUUUUACCUCUUUUUUUAGUCUUGUCUUAUUGAUUUUUGUUUUGUUAUUUGAUUAUAUUUGUGUUUAUUUUAAAUGUACAAACAUUGUUGAGUGCCAUUUGCAGAUAUUUAUAUUUUUUAAAAUAUAUUUUAGUUGUUUAUUUUAUAUUUUGUUGUUUUGGGGCAUUUUUAUUUUAUUCAUUUCAUAUGACAGUAUUAUGCAUACCAAAGUUCCUCCAUAAAAUAUUUUAUUAUAUUUAAUAAGGUAAUUGCAUAAAUGUACAUAUUUGAUGGUACUUAUUCUUUAUUUGCUUAUCACUUAUGCAAAAGUGAUUUAAAAACAUUAAAAAAAAAUGUCAAUAUUAAGAAUUUCUGCUGGAAUAUAUACAUAUAAUAUAUAUAUGACUUCAUGAAUUAACCAAUUACUAUAAAAUGCAUUCACUUUGUUUGCAGAUUGGGCAUUGGAUUUUUUUUUAAUAAUCUCCAAUUCAAGUUAAUUUCUUUGAGUAUAAAUGCUUGUCUUUCAAUAACAUUUGUUUUAAGCAUUGCCUUAGUCGAUCAGAAUAAAGUUUAUAUACGUUUCUUAUCAAAUAUUGAUUGAAAAAGGGAAUAUGUGUAAAAUAUUUAAACUCCAAGAAUGCAAUGCAUUAAAUAUAUUUACACUUAUUACUAGAAUCAUUUUUCUUGAACAAUAUGUGAUUUUAUAUCUGAGCCAAUUAUAAUGUACAAAAAAAGUAAAAUAUAGUUUGUUUUUUUUCCUUUAAAUCUGUUAUUUUUGUUUAAUAAUGUUUAUAAAUCUUAGUACAUUGUUUCAUGUUUAAUAUUGAUAUACAUUUCAAAUACAUGUUUUACUUGCUUGUUGAGGCAACUUGUUAUAAAAACAAUAAAUCUUAAGAUGUCCUAAAAGAACAUUUUAAUAUUUCUUAUAAAUUAUAAAUAAAAAACUAAUCAUCAUUCCUUAAUAGGAUUAUCUGAACUUUUCAGAAAAAGUAUUUGUAUGUUCAGAAUUAAUUGUGAGAACCCAAUACAUUUUCAAACAUUUGUAUUUUUUCCCCCUUCAGUUUUAGAAAAGUUAUUGCAAAAAAAUGUUAAAGAGUGGCAAAAUUUUAGCAUAUUGGCCACUUAUAUAAAUUAGUAAAGUUUGUCCAAGAUUUCGGGUUCUUCCAUUUAAUCAUCAAAUUUUAUUUUUUUCUUGACAAGGAAAGGUAUCAUUUAAAUAGAACUAGUUUUUGAAGAAAUUUAGAAAAGAAAAUCGACAUUGUAUAUUGUUAAAAAAUUAUUUUAUAUUUUCUCUGCUGAUAUGUUUACUGCCAACUAACAAAUUGUGAAAAAAGUUUGCUGAUGGUGCUUUGUGUUUGUUAAUUGAAUCUCUUCUCUUGUAUGUAGUAUAGAUUUAGUAAAGUAUUGUAUUUUUAUUUAAUGCUGUGCUGACAAUCAUCACAUGUUACUUAAAUAUGUUAUACUUUUAUUUUUCAUGUGAUGUUGCUUGUAAUAGAUAAAUUAUGGACAUAUAUUUUCUAGUCAAUUUAAAGUGGUAUUUUCACAAUAUUUUCAUGCACUUCUCUUCUUGUUGAAAUUUAUUCAAAAGAUUAAAAUGAUUUUUUUCUCCUUAUCAAACUACCGUUUUCAAAUUAUUAAGUUUUUAAUAUCAGUUUCUAUUGCAUUUUAAAAAGAUUAUUGGUUGUUUUUUUAUAUAUCGGUUGCAAUGAAAAUAAUAUUUCUAAUUAACUUUAUAAUGUUUUUUUCAUUUAAUUUUAUUUUCUCCAAUUCAUUAAUGCGUUCCUUGUUUGUUUUUUAUUUACUAAAAUUUUUUUUUCACAUAGUUUAGAAUUUGUAUAUACAUUUUUUUUCUACUCAUCGGAACUAAAAUGAAAUAUCAUUUUAAUAUUGGCUUAAGAUUUUAUAACUUUAUUUUUAAAAAAAUUGAUAACUUUGCUUGCUUUAUGAAAUAGCAUCUCAUUUACCAAUUGCAUGCCCAAAGAAUAUUAUACAAAUUUUACCAGUUUCAUGUACAGUGCCUUGCAAGCUUUUUAUAUGUGUGUAAUUCUGAAAUGCAUCAAUAAAUACUUGCUUUGUGAAGUAAAGAAGCCAAAUUGCUU